ACGCCAUUGUCUGUCUCCUUCCCGUAUAAAUACACAAGGCAAAAUCUCUUAACCCUAAAAUCCUUCUCUCUACUCUCUCUCUCGCGCUCUGUGUCUCCGAUACCAAAAAGAUGUCCAAGUUUCCAUUGUCAUGCAAAGAUAAAAGAAUCCAGAAGAGGAUUAAGGGCUUGUCAGAGCUAGAGAUAGACGUGGCUUGGCAACUAGUGCAAAUGAGCAGGGAUAAUUACAAGAAUGAUAAAUCACAACAAGGUUCAUGCCAAGGGGAUGCGAGUUACAAUGACCAUGCAUUUCAUGCCAUCUUUGAAGAAGAAGAAGAAGAGAAUGUUAUUUGCGAGGAAGACGAUGAUGGGUAUCCCAAGACAAGGAACAAGAGGUUUAGGUCAAUUGAUCAUAUUUACAAGGUUACUCAACCAUUGCUGCUGGGUGUUCUUGUCCAUAGCAAGAAGAUAGAAAAUGCGUGCGUACUGCGUCCGAUGCCAAUUUCUUAGAAGGAGCCUGAGCCAAAGGGCCGAGCUUGUAUGCUCGCCUUCAAGUCAAAGCCAAGUCUCCUCAUGACUUAUUCCUGUUUGACA